UCCCUUCCUCCUUGUUUACCUUAUUUGUUGUUGUCUCGCUGAACUUGACAGACCCUAAUUCCCUCAACUCUCCUCGUCACUGAUGAGUUGAGCGACGAGAGCCUUGGAACAAGGGGAGUUUAGUGAGUCCCAAAUGGAUGAAGAAAGCAGCUUAAUUGAUAUUGUCUUCUCUUGGUCUCUUCCAGAUAUUCUCAAUCACCAUCUCUAUAAACACAAGUGUUUUCCUCUCAGGUUGAGCAGAUUCCAGAUACAUUUUCGUCAUUGUUGCAUUACAUGAACAGUUUUACUUUUCCACUCAUUGAGGAAACUCGCGCUGACUUGUGUUCAAGCAUCACUAAUGUGUCAAAGGCACCAACUUUCCAAGUAUUAGAAAUCAAAGAUGCUGAGCCUGCAUCAAAUAUGAAUUAUGCAAUAAGUAUUGGAAGAAACCAAGAUAUUGAGUUUGAUGCAGAUAUGUAUGAGCCUGGUUAUGGAGAUUUGAUAGCGUUUACAGUUGUAAGGCCAAAAUGUGGCGAUGAUUUGUACACGGACGCAACUAAUUUUACUGUUGCGUUGGUCCAAAGGGUAAAGAUUAAGAAGGAUAAUGUUGUGCUACUUGUAACAUCGUCAAAGCCCAUUGACCCUGAAGAAAGCAUGCACAAGAAAUUGGAUGCAACAAAUCUCUUUGUUGUAUUUCUUAUGAACCUGACGACAAAUCUUCGUAUAUGGGAAGCGUUGAAAUUCCAACUGGAUGGAAGGAAUGCAAAAAUUAUCAAUAAAGUGCUGCAACAUGAUUUUGUUAUUGGUCGUCGUUGCAAUUUUUGCUUCAAGGAGGGGAAUUACCGCAUAACUGCAUCAAUUUUAGCCCCGACUGUUCGCUCUUUCAGCCUGAACACAUCCCAAGCAGAAGCAGUUUCGAAUAGUUUUGCUAUGAAAUAUUGCUGUCAUGAGAAUUCUGUCAAGCUAAUUUGGGGUCCUCCUGGUACAGGGAAAACAAAGACAGUGGCAGUUUUAUUAUAUGCACUACUGGAACAGAAGUGCAGGACUGUUACUUGUGCUCCGACUAACAUUGCUGUACUAGAAGUUGCAGCACGGCUGUUGAGGUUGGUCACUCAGUCUAAUGGGUAUGAAACUUAUGGUUUAGGAGACAUAAUUCUCUUAGGAAAUAGGAAGCGAAUGAAAAUUGACGAUCACACUGAUUUACUUAAUAUAUUUCUUGAUUAUCGCACUAAAAUUCUUCUAAAGUGUUUUGCUCCAAAAUCUGGAUGGACAAACUGCCUAUCGUCGCUAAUAAGUCUAGUUGAAGAUCCGGAAGAGCAAUACCGUUUGUACCUGAGAAAUGAGAAAUAUGAGGAAAGUGAUGAAGAAGACGGCUAUGAUGAGGAGGAGGUGGAGGUGAGUUGUGCUCCUGGCAAUAGAAGCCUAAAAUACACUCAAGAGAAAAAUGUUUGGAAGGAGGUUAUUGUUAAGAUCUUAAGAAAAAAUGAUAAAAAGAUAAACUGGAGGCGCGAAGAUCCUUCCCGGGAGGAUAAACAUUCAAAGUCUGGAAGAAAGAAACAAAAUGAUUUUUCACAAAACCAAAAAGUAAUGAACUUUGAGGACUUUUUCAGAAGCAGAUUUUUCUCAAAACGAGAAUUUAUGAAGUUUUGUAUCGUGAAUCUGUUAACUCACCUGCCAACUUCUUUCAUAUCACUAGACAAUGUGAAAAACAUGAUGACGGCUCUAAGGUUGCUGGAGUCUUUUGGAACUUCAUUACAUAGCGAUGCAGUUAAUGGUAUAGGAUUAAAGGAUGUACUAGCUCAAAUUAUGAAUGUUGGGCAAUUUGUAAAUGUCUUCUCAAUUCUGAAAAAAACUAGAAAAGAAUUGCUAAAUAUUCUCAAGUCCCUCUAUGUUGGAAUUUCUGUUCCUAAUAUUUAUGAUGAAUAUUCAAUUAGAAUGUUUUGUUUGCAAAAUGCAUGCCUGUUUUUCUGUACUGCUUCAAGUUCUUCUAAAUUGCAUGUUACAUCAAUGGAACUCCUAGUUGUUGAUGAAGCUGCUCAGCUCAAAGAGUGUGAGUCCAACAUCCCUCUCCAACUUCCUGGUCUUCGUCACGCAAUACUAGUAGGGGAUGAAAUGCAAUUGUCGGCAUUAGUUAAAAGCCAGGCCUCUGACGAAGCAGGGUUUGGAAGAAGUUUAUUUACAAGGCUGGUGUCCUUGGGAUACAAAAAAGACCUUCUCGACAUUCAAUAUAGAAUGCAUCCAUCAAUAAGCUUAUUUCCCAAUAAAGAAUUCUACCAUAGACAGAUUGCUGAUGGUCCAAAUGUGAGGCAAAAGAACUAUCAAAAGCAUAUCCUUAGAGGAGAUAUGUAUGGAUCUUACUCUUUUAUUAACAUACCCUUUGGACGGGAGGAAAGUUGUGAUGGAUAUAGCCUGAAAAACAGGGUGGAGGUUGCUGUCAUUGCAGAGGUAGUUGCAAACCUUUUUAAAGAGUCUACUGGUUCAAAACAGAAGCUUAGUGUUGGUGUGAUAUCCCCAUAUAAUGCUCAAGUUGUUGCAAUUCAAGAGAAUUUUGGUACAAGAUAUAGUAUGGAUCCCAAGAGUGACUUCUCUGUAACUGUCCGCUCUAUAGACGGCUUUCAAGGUGGUGAGGAGGAUGUAAUACUAUUGUCGACUGUUCGAUGUAAUGGGAACGGAUCUGUGGGAUUUCUUUCUAAUUGUCAAAGAGCAAAUGUUGCCCUUACUAGGGCGAGAUAUUGCCUUUGGAUAUUUGGUAAUGAAGCUACUCUACGAGGCAGUAGAUCUGUUUGGAGAAAUCUAAUCAAUGAUGCAAAGAACCGGAGGUGCUAUUAUAAUGCUCAAGAUGACCACAGGUUGGCUAAAACUAUUGUAGCUACCUUGGUUGACAUUGACCGUUUUGAGGUUUCACUCAGCAUAGAUUCUCUACUCUUUCAAGAGGCAAAAUGGAAGGUUUGCUUCUCUAAUAAUUUCUGGACAUCUAUGUCUAAUAUUCAAAACAUUGAAAUUCGCAAAGAAACACUUUCUCAUUUGACUAAGCUUUCUAAUGGGUUGCGCUGGCCAUGCAAUGACAAAAGCCGCAUUGUCAUUGAUGGGAAGUCUGCUCAACUCGUAGAGCUGUGCAAGGUCAAUUGUAUGAAUUAUAUAGUUUGGAGUGUUGACGUUGUCAAGGUACAUUCAAGUUACUCUCAAGUUUUGAAGGUUUGGGACAUGUUACCACUGUCUAAGAUACCUAACCUACUAAAGGAUAUGGACUACUCAUUUGGGAGCUAUAAUAUGGAUCUAAUGUACCUAUGCACAUUCAAGAAGUUGGAGGGAACUUUGGAGGUUCCAGUAACAUGGCCAGUACACUCAGAUGUUGCGAGGAAGAUUACUUUACCUGGAACAGAUCCCAUGCAGCACCUGUGUAGUACAUUUGCUGCAAUGAGUUUGAAUGAUAAUUAAUUAGAAUACUCGAAAGAUUGACAUCAAACUGCAAGGGCUAAAUUAUAUGUUUACUCUGCCACUGUGUAGAAAGAAUAUCUUCUUGUUUUGAGAUCCAAGAUUCAUCCCAGAACUCCUCGGAGACCUGAAUAUAUAUGACUACUCUAUCGGAUACCAUCUUUUGUACCUACAUUUAUAUCAUUGACCAUGGAAAUUUUGCAGUGUGUGGGGGGAAUGGCCCAUAACAGGAAAUGUAAUGUAUUCAUGUUUUUUUUCCUCUAGAAAUACGAUUCAUUUUGUAGUUUUCUUACAAAAAUACCUUUGCUUUCUUAAAAAUUUGUAGAAAUACAAUUCAAACUUCAUAGCAAAAGUGCAAUUUUGCAUCCAGAUAGAUAC